CCUCCUGCUCCGAGACAUCUGCUGCGCUAAUAACAACGGAGCGCGUCCUCCGCGUCCAACCUCCGCUUGCGUUCCCUCCUCCCGUUUGCCCCUCUGCUCAGCAGAAUCAGGGGGUCUCUCCUGUAUUUACGUUCACGGGAUCCUCGCGAGGAGCCGCUGUGCAUGUGGCCUCCACGUUUCCCGGCCGUGGUCCAACCUUGUGCGCCCCUGGCCCGCUGCGUCCCCGCGGCCGAUCCACCCGGAGAGCCGAGCGGUGGAUCCUCCGGCAGGACGCGUCUUUUUGUCCGUGCGCUCCGCUCCGCUGCGCUGCGAGGAGGCUGAGCCGCUCCGCAUCCUUCCUCACUGUAGAGAGGGGGGGGAUGAACACAACAAAGGUCCUCAUGUCUAAUCUUUGAACAAGUCCUCGGGAUAUACGGGUCUGGUUUUUUUUUAUUCUUUCCGCGAGCUUUGUUGUUGUUGCGUUUUGGACACCAUGGAGUCGGUGGAGAAGGAGUGCGGAGCGCUCGGUGGAUUAUUCCAGGCCAUCGUGAACGACAUGAAGACCUCUUACCCUGUGUGGGAAGACUUCAGUGCCAAGGCCACAAAGCUGCACUCUCAGCUCAGGACCACAAUUCUGGCAGCAGUAGCCUUUUUAGAUGCCUUUCAGAAGGUGGCGGACAUGGCGACCAACUCUAGAGGUGCUACCAGGGACAUUGGCUCCGCCCUGACAAGGAUGUGCAUGCGACACCGCAGCAUAGAAACAAAAUUACGCCACUUCACCAACAUCCUGAUGGAAGGCCUGGUUACACCACUCCAAGACAGGAUGGAGGAGUGGAAGAAGACAGCUUAUCAGCUGGACAAAGACCAUGCCAAAGAGUACAAGAGAUCUCGCCAGGAAAUCAAAAGGAAGUCGCUGGAUACCAUAAAACUCCAGAAGAAAGCGAGAAAAGGCCGGGGAAACCUGCGCCCCCAGCUGGACAGUGCCAUGCAGGACGUAAACGACUUGUACUUGCUAAUGGAGGAGACGGAGAAGCAGGCGGUGCGGAGGGCGCUCCUGGAGGAGAGGGGACGUUACUGUACGUUUAUCAACUUGCUGCAGCCUGUGGUGAACAUAGAAAUUGCCAUGCUGGGAGAGAUAACGCACUUACAAGCCAUUGUUGAUGACCUCACUGUGUUGACUGAAGACCCACACAAGCUGCCACCUGCAAGUGAGCAGGUGAUCCGGGACCUGAAAGGCUCUGACUAUAGCUGGUCCUACCAGACCCCUCCAUCCUCCCCCAGCAGCACCAGCUCCAGGAAGAGCAGCAUGUGCAGUCUGCUCCAGAUGCCCUCAGCAGGAGUCCACCGGCUCAGCAGCGUCUCCUCCCACGACUCAGGCUUUGUCUCCCAGGAUGCUAACACCCAUUCUAAGCCUCCGUCACCCAUGCCGUCUGAUAUCGCCAGCCAGAAAUCAACAAGCUCAGCCUCCUCUGAGGCUUCAGAAACCUGCCAGUCUGUCAGCGAGUGCAGCUCCCCCACAGCGUUUGGCUCAUGCUCAUCCUUCGGUACCUUCCGCCCUGCUUUCUCUCACACUGGCUCCAUCAGGCCUCUAUCUGUCAUACUUCCUGCGUCCCCCACAUUUAACCACUCCCCUGGAUCCAACACACCCUCACCCACAUCAAAGGUUCCUAGCUGGAAGGACUGGGCCAAGCCGAGCUCCUGUGAGCCGUCAUUGGCCAGCACUCUGCAGCGCAGGAGGGAGUCUGUGGAGAAGAUGAGAGAAAUGGAGGUUCCGCCCAGUCCGCAGGGAUACUCUGGGAUGCAACCAGAUGAUCCGCACAGAGCGAGAAGUGGUCCAGGAAUUCUUACCGCCAAGCAUGGAGAGCCCCUAUCUCCAGCAGCCAGUACUCUAGCUAUGGUUCUGACGAGAGGCUUGAGCAUGGAGCAGCAGAAGAGCAGCAGAGACUCUCUGCAGUACUCCAGCGGCUACAGCACCCAGACAAACACUCCCUCUUGCUCCGAGGACACCAUUCCUUCACAAGGUUCUGAUUAUGAGUGCUACUCUCUCAACGGAGAUGUGGACAGUGAAGGGCAGGCAGACUUUGACAAGUCUUCCACCAUCCCACGCCACAGUAACAUCGCUCAGAGCUACCGCCGCAUGAUCCAGACGAAGAGGCCUGCCAGCACAGCAGGUCUGCCUGCUGGUAAGAGCCUGCAGGGAACUCCCAACGGAGCUGGGGGAACCCACGCUGGAGCCAUUUCCUCAGGGACAGCCACUAUUCGCCGGACGCCAUCCUCUAAAACAGGUGUGAGACGCACACCGUCCAUAUCUGGGCCCAUACCCAUCCGGCCCCCGAUCGUGCCAGUUAAAACCCCCACAGUGCCAGACUCGCCGGGGUGCGCUAGCCCGUCUCAGUAUCAUAAGGGCAGCGAGGAAUUUCUCUACGGUGAUAACCCGUCUAUUAGUGACUACACAAGAGCUUCUCCAAAGCGGAUGAGCCUCCCAGAUGCAGCCUGGGGCUGCGGAAGAGGAGGAGGCGUGGACAGGACUGUUUAUGCCCAGCAAGCCCCUGGCACAGCUGCCCACAGUGCAGAGGAGGACCCUCUCCUCGCUGCCAACCGUCACAGCCUGGUGGAAAAGAUAGGAGAGCUGGCAGCCAGCGCCCACGCCCUGGGCGAGGGUCAGUUUCCCUUUCCCAGCUCUCUAUCAGAGGAUCCAGCUCAUUGUGCGCCGCGGGAGCCAUCCACCGCUGCCCAGGAGGAUGUGGAUAUGCUGGUGUCCAUACGCCGGGGAGUGAAGCUGCGCAAAACACUAACCGAUGACAGGUCAGCUCCCAGGAUCCUGCGGUAGUUGAAGGACAGGACAGGCUGUGAGGAAGCAGCUUAAAUGGUUCCAAUUUACAAACUGAAGGUUCCUGAAAUGCAAGAGCACUCACUUGAAACAUGAGCUAAGGCACAAGUAACAAAGAGAUGUAAAGUCGUCAAUGAAGGCCAGUCUGGUUAUAAAUGACUGAAAAAGUCAUUUAAAGUCAUGUAUUUCUUGCAUAUGUACAAAAGUAAUCAAUAUGUUCUUUUUUUUCAUUCUUUUGUUUUGUUUUCAUUUGAUUUUGUUCUGCUUUCUUUUGUUCUGUUGGCUUUGUGGCUGUGCAGCUCAGCUCCCUGUGUGACCGGUUAUUUCAGCCCAGUUUGUCCCUGUGGACCCAGUGAUCAUCACGUCUCUCCACUGGGAGUCAAAUGCUCUGUGUCCCUGUUCUUGCUCUUAUGAUAAUUAUGAUAUUGUGCAUUUCUCAAUUAACAGCCACUUCUAAGAGAAAAUGAAGGGUGCACUGGUGUGCCAGCCUGUCUGUAUGUUUUUCCCUCGUUACUGUUCAAAGUACUGUGUUACCGUUUUGUUUCUUAAGCUGGACAGCAGCUGUGUAAUUUCAUGUAAAAAUAGAAGCAAUAUGGCAGUGUUUAUAUUGCUGUACUGUACUGUCAAUAUAUUCUGCAAUUAAACUGGCUUUUUACUGUAAAA